AAGCCCCAGCACGGAAGAUUUACGGCAUAGUUGUAUACCUUCGUUUGGUGCUAUACAACGUUUAAGAAAUUACACUAAAACAAAAUGUUCAAGUUCUUCGUCUUCUUCACCAUUUGCGCCGCCCUGGCUUCGGCCAAUAUGGUGCGUGUGCCCAUCUACAAGAACCCCAACUACCGUAGGACCGCCUCAUCGCUCAAGACCGAGCUCGCAUACUUGCGCUCCAAGUACCACGUGCCCAGUACACGUACCACUGAGCAAUUGGACAAUUAUUUGAACUUAGAAUACUAUGGCAAGAUCACCAUCGGUACACCACCUCAAGAUUUCUUGGUGCUCUUCGAUUCUGGUUCCUCCAACUUGUGGGUCCCAUCAGCCACCUGCCCCACUAGCAACGAAGCUUGUCAACUACACAACAAAUACAACUCCAGCGCUUCCAGCACUUAUGUAGCCAACGGCGAGGCUUUCUCCAUCGAAUACGGCUCUGGCAGUUUGUCUGGUUUCUUGUCUCAGGAUACCGUACGUGUAGCUGGUCUCACCAUUAGCAACCAAGUUUUCGCUGAAGCUAUGCUAGAACCUGGCACCAGUUUUGUCUACUCAAACUUUGACGGUCUUAUGGGUAUGGCUUUCCAACAAAUCUCCAAUGACGAUGUAGUGCCACCAUUCUACAACAUGUGGACUCAAGGUUUGAUCAGCAAGAACUUGUUCUCAUUCUACUUGGCACGUGCCGGUACCUCCGACCAAGGUGGUGAAAUGAUCUUGGGUGGUUCCGAUUCCAGCUACUAUCAAGGUCAGCUUACCUAUACUCCAAUCACAGAGCAAGGUUACUGGCAAUUCAGCUUGGAUGGCGCUACCAUCGGUGGUCAGACUAUGUGCGGUGAUGGUUGCCAAGCUAUCGCUGAUACCGGCACCUCACUCAUCGUUGCUCCAUACUACGCUUACAUUACCUACAUGAGCGUUGUCGAUCCCGAUGGUGAUGAGCUCGUCGAUUGCUCACUCAUCAGCAGCUUGCCCGAUAUGGAAUUCGUCAUUGGCGGUACCACCUUCUCCGUGCCAGCAUCCCAAUACAUUCUCAACUCUGAGGGUCAAUGCUCACCUGCCGUCAGCUACAUGGGUACCGACUUCUGGAUCUUGGGUGAUAUCUUCAUUGGUCUUUACUACACUGAAUUCGAUAUGGGUAACAACCGUAUUGGCUUUGCUCCAGUCGCCUAAGCGGGAAGGGCUUUGCAUUUUGAGAUUUCGGAAAACGAAUUUAAAUAAACUUGUUUAACAUGA